AUGCCUCCCAAGAGAAAGUCCGCAAGAAGGCAGCCUAUUGCUCACGUAUUGGGUCGCCCGCGGACUCCUCCUCAACCUGUCCAAUUCCCAUUUGGAAGUGCGCGUGCAGGAAACGUUGCUCUUUCGGAAGAUAGUGUUAAUCAACAAGAAGACCGCUUCCAAGAACCUGACCCGAUGCGAAUUGACAAUAUUCCACCACAUGUCGUAGGUGAAGAGGGCCGAACCAGUUCGUCGCCCACGGCCAUACAACCAGAAACACAAGCCGAACCGACAUCGCAGAACCCCGUUGACGAUAGAAACGACGGACCUCAUUCUAGUGAAGACGUAACAUCCGUUGCAGAGGUGCUACAGGCGGUAGAGGAGGACAAUCACAACAUCUUUACACACAAUGACGCCGGUUCGUCGCUCCCCGCAACAAGGAGGAGGGCUGCUUCGAAUGGAAAUUUAGACGAUGGCAAGUUUUCUUUUUUAAGCAAACUCGCGCGUAUUGAAGAGAAUGAAGAAAACAGCGGCGAGCAAGUUGAGAACCCAUUACAAGAGCGUCUGUUUUAUGAGACGCCUCAACCAAGCCAGAGCAUUCCUGGAACUUCAAGUAAUCUCCUUGGAUCUGCUUGGAAGUAUAACCAGUACCUACUGAGGGUUUUGGAGCGAAAUGGUAUCAUUCUCGGUUCAAAACAGUUGGGAGAACGUAGCUUUCCUUACUGGAGAUCUUUCCUGGAAGACAUCGAACGACAAAUCGAACGACAAGAUUUACCAGCCUGUUCAAGAUACAUUCCUGUCGAUGCAUAUCUCGAUUGGUCCGAGUACAUUCAUGGCCUUCAAUGUCGAACUGCAAAGGAUGCCAUGAAGCGUAUACUAGGCGCCAUUGCACCGACUAGAAGACAACUAGCACAGGAAAACUCAAAGUUUUGCCACCUAGUUCUACUCGACAGCAAGAAACGAUGGAUUAACUCGCUUAUUUCGACAUUGGCCCAGCCUAUACGAUCCGUUGGAAUGCGGUGUGAUGCUUUUACACCGGUUGAAUUGGACGCCAUCCUUGCAACCGACGGCGCAAAUACUUCUUACUAUGGGACUAAGCGCAUGCUUUUCCCAUUCUUGACAUUUGAAUACAAUCAAAUUGACAUUUACAUUGCGGAUUCUCAGGGCGCAUUUCGAAUGGGCCUGGCAGUCAAGAAUCUUGUUGAUCUCCACCGGAGAGCGAAUAAUACGGCGGCAAUCAAUGGACGCAUAUCUGGAUUCUCGCUAUCCUUUGAUACGCACGAAGUCAAGAUCUGGGGAUAUUAUCCCCUCUUAGACAACAGUGGCGAUGUACGUGUGCAUCGACAGCUGAUAGUUCACCGCUCCCUGUCCACGCCGCGUGCAAUAAGCUGCGAUGCCAUCAAUGGCAAAAGGAAUCUCAAUCGGGUCUGGUUAUUGUAA